AUGGCUUCGCUACGCACUGCCACCCCCAGGCUCAGGAACUACUUUAAGGACAACUACAUUCCUCAGGUCUGCGAGGCACUGUUAUGUGGUAUACUUAUUACAUGUCCUGAGGACCCACUGAGAUACUUAGAAGAAAUGAUCAUAUUUAUCAUUGAAAAUGGUCUUGAAAGUCUUCUAUGGGAUAUGUGCAUCGAGCCAUCAAUGAAACCAAAAAUUAGAAGAUUAUCUGAAACUUACAUGGAACAACUUUUUGGACUGGAUGAUCAGCUGAUGACUCCAGAACUGAUGAUAAAAGCAUGCACUUUCUACACUGGGCAUCUAGUAAAGACCCACUUUUGCUUUAACUAUAUACAGUAUUCUAAUACGUUCUCUCCAGAGACCCUAUCAAACUUGCAUCUGAUGUUCAGUACAUACAGGCAAAAAGUUUUCAUAGACCGCUGGCGGGAAGAAGUAAGGCGAAGGAAUAAAAUUCGAGACGAUGAGCUGGCAUUGAAACAUGACCUUCAAUUGAAAGCAUGGAGAAGUACCUUAAAAUUAAAGAGACGCGAAGGACGAGACUCUACAGACUUAGCUGAACUCGGUGAAUACCCAGCAUUUGACAUCUCAUUGUUGCCUGAAAGAGCAAUAUUACAGAUUUUCUCAUACCUUACUUUCAAAGAUAUGAUAAUAUGUGGUCAAGUUAACCACUCCUGGAUGUCGAUGAUCCAAAUAAACUCCAUGUGGACUGCUAUAGAUUUUUCUAUAUCAGAAACCAUUUCAGAGAAAUGUGUAGUGUCUACUUUGCAAAAGUGGCGUCUAAAUGUGCUACGUUUGAAUUUUCAUGGUGUUUUUCUCCGAACAAAAACAUUGAGAGCUGUCAGCCACUGUAAAAACUUGCAAGAGCUGAAUGUUUCAGACUGCCCAUCCCUCACUGACGAGUCAAUGAAACACAUUUCCGAGGGCUGCCCUGGGGUUCUGUAUCUCAAUCUAUCAAACACAACUAUCACCAACAAGACGAUGCGACUUCUGCCCAGGAACUUCCAAAACUUACAGAAUCUCAGCUUGGCUUAUUGCCGCAAGUUCACAGACAAAGGUUUACGGUACCUGAACUUAGGGAAUGGAUGCCACAAGCUCAUCUAUCUGGACCUUUCGGGCUGCACCCAGAUUUCAGUACAAGGCUUCAGGAACAUUGCAGAUAGCUGCAGUGGAAUUAUGCACCUGACCAUCAAUGACAUGCCAACCCUGACAGACAGCUGUGUGAAAGUUUUGGUUGAGAAGUGCUUGAAUAUCACAUCAGUGGUUUUCAUUGGGUCACCACAUAUUUCUGAUGGUACCUUCAAAGCUCUUUCGGCUUGCAGUCUCAGAAAGAUCCGGUUUGAAGGAAACAAAAGGAUUACUGAUGCAUGCUUCAAAUAUAUAGACAAGAGUUAUCCCAAUAUCACUCACAUUUACAUGGUGGACUGCAAGGGAAUAACGGACGGUGGCCUCAAAUUACUGUCACCUCUGAAGCAGCUGACUGUGUUAAACCUGGCAAAUUGUGCAAGGAUUGGUGAUAUGGGACUAAAGCAGUUUCUUGAGGGCCCUUCCAGCACAAAAAUAAGAGAGCUCAACUUAAGUAACUGUGUGCUCCUGGGUGAUUCCUCUAUUGUGCAACUGGCAGAGCGCUGCACUAAUUUAAACUACUUGAGUUUAAGAAAUUGUGGCCAUUUGACUGAUCAAGGACUUGAGUAUAUUGUAAACAUCUUUUCUUUGGUAUCGGUAGAUAUCUCUGGAACAGUCAUCUGUAAUGAGGGUUUGUCAAUACUUUCCAGACAUAAAAAACUGAAGGAACUUUCUAUAUCUGAGUGUUAUAAAAUCACUGAUGUGGGAAUUCAGGGAUUCUGUAAAAAUGUACCAUUCUUGGAAUACCUGGAUGUCUCUCAUUGUACCCAGCUGACAGAUAACAUUAUGAAAACAGUGGCCAUUUACUGUCCUCAGCUCACUUCUCUCAGCAUUGCAGGCUGUCCAAAGAUUACUGACGCAGGGAUAGAGAUGUUAUCGGCAAAAUGCUAUUACCUGCACAUUUUGGAUAUCUCUGGUUGUGUCCUACUUACUGACCAAACCCUUCAGGAUCUUCAGAUAGGCUGCAAUCAACUCCGGAUCCUUAAGAUGAAAUACUGUAGUCACAUCUCCAUGAGGGAAGCUCAAAGAAUGUCCUCUAAAGUUCAGCAGCAGGAAUACAGCUCUAAUGACCCUCCACAUUGGUUUGGCUAUGACAGCAAUGGCAAACUUCUUACAGGCCAUCAUAGUAACCUACCAUUUAAGGGCCACUCUGAAGUGAAAAUGAAAGACUUAUACAGCAGUGAAGAUGAACUAUUUGACCUUCAGACUCAAGCAGAAAACUAG